AUGGCUGGCCUUAAGUGGUCUGAUGAAGAAGAGUGUCUCGUUAUUUGGUUUGCAUCAGCACGUAUCCCACAUGGCCUAAUCAGCUUGCUCUUGAAAGAAAAGGGCUUUGACCGUACGAUGACAAGUGUUCGGAAUAAAAUCUCAGCGAUUCGCAAGCAGAACUCGCUUGGAGAAGCUUCCCACUAA